GGCAAAAUAUCUUGGAAGACAAAUCGCAAAUUCAGAAGGGCUAAACUACAGACGAUUAUUAUUCUGAUCUUCAUAUUAUCAGGAUGUCAAGGUCAUCAAACAGAAAACAAGAAAUCUACAAAAUAGAUUGGCAUUUACCAGCGGUCUCAUCCUCUGCUGCAGCACAUCACAUUAGCAGAGAUAUAUUUGUGCUCACCUAUGGAGUAUUAGUGGCACAACUUUGUCAAGAUUACCCAAGUGACGAAGAUGUAAACAAAUGCCUGGACACAAUGGGUUACAACAUUGGAAUUAGGCUAGUGGAAGAUUUUUUGGCUAAUUCUGGUAUAAAGAAGUGUCGAAGCUAUAGUGAAACUGUUGACAUAAUAGCAAAGGUAGCUUUUAAAAUGUACCUUGGGAUUACUCCGACAACGAUUGGAGCAAAUGAUGGAGGCAAUGGAUUUUCCCUGGUUUUGGAUAAAAAUCCAUUAGUUGACUUUGUUGAAGAGCUCCCAGCUGGACGGCCAUCACUGUCCUACUGCAACCUUCUAUCAGGAGUCAUCAGAGGUGCUUUGGAAAUGGUCCACUUACCUGCUGAUGUUACUUUUAUUCAAGAUAUACUGAAAGGAGAUGAUGUAACUGAAAUCGGAAUAACAUUUCUAAGGAAACUUGACGACAAAAAAUCAAAACGGAAAAAAUGAAGAUAUUCCUUCAGCAAGAUUUAUAUGUGUCUUUCCAUAGAUAUUGGCCUGUUAUUUAUUUCAGUUUAACCAAGUGAAAAAAAAAUGGGGUCUCAUAAAUCCACCUAUUCUUUCAAAUAAUAUCGAUAACUAUAGGUCUCCUAUAUUCUUCAUGCAAAACUUUUAAAUGGGAACCAACACUUUACAGGAUUGUUAUUGAUAUAUUAAUGUAUCCCCUUUAUUUAACAAAUAUGUGUAGAUACGGAAGAUGUGAAAUUUAAAAUUUAAGAAACACUCCGGGCACCAUAACAACCUCUUAAAACGCAAUCA